CUGGUUGGGCUGGAUCUUGAACAGGCGGUGCGACGCUCCUGUUUACAUUUUUUCUUCCCCUAGCCGCCUCUUCAGCUGCGGGCAGCUGACAGCGAGGAUAACUGGCCACUGAAGCCGUGGAUGAGCAUCACUGGGAGGCGUCAGAGACCGAAAUCCGCCUGUCACGGUUAACGGUGACGGUGCUGUUUCUGUUUCUGUCUCUCCGUCUGUUAAUCUGACUUUGAAGCAGCUCUAUCCUUAUCUCGCAUCUUGUGGUCGCAGUCAUGAGCGGAAGAGUAGGAGACCUCAGUCCUAAACAGGCUGAAGCACUAGAGCAGUUUCGAGAGAGGAUACAAGACAUUCUUCCUCAACUUCCCGCACAGCAUGACCACUUCCUGUUACGCUGGCUCAGAGCCAGAAACUUCAAUAUCCAGAAGUCGGAGGCCAUGCUGCGAAAGCAUUUGGAGUUCAGGAAACACAUGAAAGUAGACACGAUAGUCACCGACUGGCGUCCACCAGAGGUGAUAGAAAAGUAUCUCUCAGGUGGGAUGUGCGGUUACGACCGUGAGGGCAGUCCCAUCUGGUACGAUGUCAUCGGACCUGUGGACCCUAAAGGCCUCUUCCUGUCUGCCUCCAAGCAAGACUUCAUCAAGUCCAAGAUCAGAGACUGUGAGGUCCUGCAGAAGGAGUGUAACCUGCAGUCAGAGAGGCUUGGGACGAACGUGGAGUCAAUCACCAUGGUCUAUGAUGUUGAAGGCUUGGGUCUAAAACACUUAUGGAAGCCUGCUAUAGAAACAUAUGGCGAGAUCCUCCAGAUGUUUGAAGACAACUACCCAGAAGGCUUGAAAAGGCUGUUUGUCAUCAAAGCCCCAAAACUCUUUCCUGUGGCCUACAACCUCGUCAAGCACUUUCUGAGUGAGAACACAAGACAAAAGAUCCAUAUCCUCGGGGCUAACUGGCAGGAGGUUUUACUGAAGUACAUCGAUGCAGAGGAGCUGCCGGCGAUAUACGGGGGCAAACUGACAGAUCCUGAUGGAGAUCCUCGCUGUCGGACCAGGAUAAACCACGUCGGCCCAGUUCCCCCCUCCUACUAUGUGCGGGACCAUGUUAAGGUGGACUACGAGCAGUGUUUGAGCGUCAGUCGAGGUUCCUCCCAACAGCUGGAAUAUGACAUCCUGCUCCCAGGCUGUGUUCUCAGAUGGCAGUUUGCCACUGAGAGUGCCGACAUUGGUUUUGGGGUGUUUCUGAAGGCUAAAAAGGGCGAAUGGAAGAAGGCAGCUCAGAUGCAGGAAGUCGUGCCCAGCCAACGCUACAACGCCCACUUAGUGCCCGAGGAUGGAUCACUGACCUGUGAGCACCCAGGAGUCUAUGUUCUUAGAUUUGACAACACUUACAGCAUUUUCCAGGCAAAAAGAAUCAGCUUCUCCGUUGAGGUCCUGCUCCCCGACCACUUAAAGUCCCCACAAACCAACGGGGGGUCCAAAAACCAUGUGCAAGCUGAGGGCAGCAGCCAAUCAUAACCAGGAUGCUGACACAAUGUGCCACUUCCAUGUUGUGAGAUCUGUAAUGUUAGCUGCGACUAGUAAGCACAGCUUGAGAGACUUGAACAGGAACCAACAUGCUGCCAGAAAGCAAAGAUGUAAAAGUAUUUGACUCAAGUAAAGAUCUGAUGGUUUGACCACUGAAUCAUUUCUAAGGAUGACUUAUUCCAUUUGGAAACAUGGCCAAAAGUAUGUCGACAUAUUUUGUGCACUUUUUGUCCGAGGAGUCUAAAUAGUUGUAGAAAUAUGAAUGCUAUAACAUACAGCGAUAUAUAAGACAACUCCCUGCAGCCAGGUUCCAACAUCCAGCGGAGAGCCUAAAUCGAAAGGUGUCGAGUUUUUGCCACGAGAUGUUCAAUAGUGUCCACAUGUGGUGUCCACAUACUUCUGGCCACAUGGUGUUGCUCAACAUUUAAUGUUUGGUUGACAUGUUUCAGACAUGAGGACCCCUGGACACAGAUGUUAAAGGAACUCUGUGGAACUUCAGUGUUGUGCUGGAAACUGGUCUUUUGUUUAUGUUGGCGGACUCCAUUUCAAAGCUAGCGUUAGCUACAUAGAGAGAAACUGACAAGGUACUCAGGGAGGUUCAUGAAGUCACGUCCUUCAAGAAGACAUCCACAGUCCAGGAGGAUUAAACAACUAAAACAAAUGACCCACAGGCUUGUAUAGGCAACUGAGUAAGACAUUUUUCACAUCCACUCACAUACUAGUCGGAUUGGGAGUCUGGGAAAUUGCCUCAAGUGAUGUCACAUGAGUCAGGUUUGAGCCACAUCUGGAGAAGUCAAAUGAAGUUGAGGCUUCAUUAGCUGACACUAACAUAACGCACCAAAAAUACCCAGCCAAACUGUUAGUGGCUGAGUUGCACUGAGGGUAAAGAAGGGGCCAAGGAAGAAGUGUGGAAUAAAAAAUGUUAUCUGUCAAUGGUAUGGGAUUAAAAUGCACAUUAAAUGCACAGUGGCGGACUAUCCUCACUUAUGUGUUGACAUUUUCCGAUUUUAUGUCUGUAUAUGUCUCUCAUGUAAACAUGUUUCAAAUAGGCACCAAAUGAGUCAUGUUGGUGCUACCACCGCCUGCUUCAGUUGUAUGAUCUGUAAAGUAAGCCACCACACUUUAAAAGUAGCAUAGUGACAGAUUUUUUAAUCCUCUAUGUAUAAAACAGAGGAUACACAUGAAAUAAUUUGUUAUAAAAAAAGUUCAGUUUUAAAGCCCCAUUGACAUCCAUUACUCAGUGGAUGUGCCUCUCAUGGUUGUCUCUUUCCUCUUGUUGUAUUCAGAUUACAUGUCUUUAAAUAUUUAUUUCCUCAUGUCCAAAUUUAUGUUCAGGAAAUGUCAAUGGGUUGCAACAACUGUCAUUUUACAUAGGCAAGGAUUUUCCAAUUUUCACAAAUAUUCAGUAUUUAAGUAACAAGUGUUGAAGUUAAUAAUAAUAGUCAUGUCAACUCAUUUGCAGUGAAUAUAAAGUAUGUUACUCACACCAGACAAUUAUUGAAUGUAGACUGAGGCUGAUAGUCAGGAUGAAGGAAGUUAUUUUCCUAUUUGUUUUGCAACAAUAUUGAGCAACUUCUGUGAAAGCACGAUAAGUAUGAGUGAAACAGCCUGCUGUCAUCAUUAUGCUGUCUGGUGUUGAUAAAGAUCUUUUCACAUGUGAUGAAGAUGACAUAAACUUGAAACAGUUACAAUAGAAGUAAAUAAAUCUGUUGAAAAAUUCUGUCCCAGA